AUGAAACCACUCAUCCAAGAACUGAUUGAGCAUGUUUGGGAAACCCUGCGGGGUACUGAGCGGCAACAUCAAAGCAGGAUGCAUCCUGACAAUCCUCAGUAUUACCAUCACUGGGGUUUUACGGUCUACCGCACGCACUAUAGCCCGGAUUCCGAUACGCCUUGGAAUAUGCUUCUAGAUUGUUUGAAGCAGCAAACUAUACUCGCAUUUGGGUAUUUUGAGGGUAAAAAAGACGUAGACCAAAGCAACGUCCAGCUACUCAAAAGUCUUUUUCACCUUGAUGCACGCGAUGACCAAUCGCUACUGGAAGGCCUCGACAUCAAAGGUGUUCGAGAACUAUGUCGCGAGGCGGAGUUGCGGACUGAACCAGCCAUGGCUGAUUGCCUCUACGAUUUUGUUCUAGUCGCUGAUGAGUCGGUCUUGAGGGAUAUUGCAAACGGCGAAUCAGUUGUCAAGGCGAUGUCCUUGAGUUGGUCUGAGGGAUUUUCGGGGUGGGGUUGGAUGAGAAUACCAACAAGCUAUCUUCUGGACCUAUGGAUGCUUCUCAGCCGGCAUUCAUUCGGUACGGAGUCAGUUCUCAGAUUCAAAGGGCCCGAGAAGGAUCUAGAUACCUAUGUAUGGCCUGGAGACGUUUCUCUUCCGGGUACAGGACGCUUCUCUGAAGUUCGUCCAUUGCUUUCCCAUUAUACUGGUCAAAGACCUGAUCGCACUUUCUAA